AUGAAACCAUCUAAAAAAGAUGUUAAUCGACGCAUUCGUAGUGAAUUUCCAUAUAAAGUUGAAAAAUUAACACAAGUAUCAAUUGCUGUAGAUGACAAUAUUCAAUUAGCAGCGACAAUAUGGAUGCCGCGAAAUGAUAAUGAUCAGUCAAUAAAUGAAGAAAAGUUUCCAAGUAUUUUAGAAUAUCUACCAUAUAGGAAAUCAGAUUGGACAUCAACAAGAGAUGAAAUUCGUUUAAAAUACUUAUCCGGUUUCGGAUAUGUUUCGAUUAGAGUUGAUAUUCGAGGAACUGGAAAUUCUCAAGGAGUAUUUGAUGAUGAAUAUUCAGAACAAGAAUUAUCUGAUGGAUUAAAAAUUCUCGAUUGGAUUCAAAAUCAAACAUGGUCGAAUGGAAAAGUCGUUAUUUAUGGAAAAUCUUGGGGUGGUUUUAAUGGAUUACAAAUUGGUUUUCUUCAACCUAAAAAUUUAUCUGGAAUUAUUUCUGCUUAUUCAACAGAUGAUCGUUAUAAUAAUGAUAUUCAUUAUUAUGGUGGAUGUUUACCAGCACAAGAAGGUUUUCUUUCAAAAAUUCAUUGUCAAUUCAAAUAA